CUCAUACAGUGUGCCUAAACAGAAACUGGACAAAGCCAAAUACACAGACGUCCUAAUAACAGGAGCCACUGUGAGCUAUCGGAGAUAAAGCUCCCUCGGGGAUUGUCACAAAUACGCAUCGAUUUAGAGAUCCCGCCACUGGCUUUUCCGUUUCUCUAUGCACUGAUGAUACGGCUCGUAGUUUCUUAAAACAGAUAAGGAUGGAAUUGAUCUAAAACGAGGACCGAAUGGACAACACAUUUCCCGAAUGAAGUCAAUAAUAUAUCGCCCUCCGCCUAAAAUGGAGAGUUUGUAUUGGGGUUUAUAAAAAGCCAAUGGAUGUCAGCCUUUCCAUUUGAAACUGGUCUGUUCACUUUUUACCUUCUGUGUCUCUUCGUGGAAUGUACCAUACUUUUAUUUGGAAAGAAAAAACAGAUAACCGCAGUUUGAUUUGGACCGACGUAUGCUACGCUGUGGCUGAUGCCUGAAUUUGCGAUCCAAAGUUGGACUGACCAGUCUUGUAAAAUGUUUGUCACCGGUAAGAAAGCAUUUUCCUUUUAUAACUGCGGCAACACUAAAUGAUCAAGGACACCUUAGCCUAAAAACAACUUGGCCUAUAGAACAGGCUAUUCAACUGGGCUUCUAGGCUGUGGAAAUGACCCUCUAAAAAAAUUUUUUAAGUUGAAAGUUGGAUAUUUCUGUCGGGCGUGGAACCAACAAAUGCGAACUGUAAUCACUUAGCCUACUACAGAUAGGCUACAAUACGAAUUUCGCCCUCUACGUUUUUCAACUCCUUUUUUGGAUUGUUUUUUGAUUCUCCCCUCGAACUCUCUUUGGAUGUAUUUUGUCCUGGGAAAACACGAGCCAUAGAACAGUUCACUCCUAGCAACACUCCCAGCGCCAGCCCUGUCAUCGAGUCUAGACAAUUUGUCGUGGCAUCGAGUCCCUCUGUAACCAUGGCGACCAUCAGAAACUCACUGUGAAUUUUGGAUAAAAAAGAAAAAAGGGUGAGGGAGAAGGAAAGGGUGAAGGGAGUUGAGGCUUUGCGUUUUGUUCGAAGAGUAAUUAUUCUGCAAUGAAGACAAAUCAUCUAUGUGAGAGGCAUGCAAUAGUGUGGGAAGUCUAGAGAGCGCCUUGUGGGUCCAGUGGAACUCCUUUCAUUGAAGUCCGGUGUAGUCUAUUAAAAGACUGGCUUUAACAUCGCCUAUUUAUGAAACCCUCGACUCUUAAUUUUGAAGUGCUCCACCACGGUGAAAAAUAAAACAAAUAAGAAGAUAAAUAUGGGGUUUUCACAUACGCUGGUUGUGUAUGUGUUAGUGUCCAUACAUCUAAGUGUUUCGCAACAUUUUCUUCGCCUGCGCCCUUCACCCAGCGACCAUCUCCCUGUGCCUGAUCUCAAGGAGGAUCCAGACACGGAGUAUGACCCCCGCGAACACGACCUAGCCGAGAGGACUCUGAGGAAAAAACUCGGCAGCAACUUUGAUCCUAAUUUCAUGUCGAUCAGCUUCCCUGUGUCGGUGAACUUGUCGAUCCAAGACACACUGUCGAGACAGCCAGGACCGAUGCCCAACGAAAUUAAAAAGUUGGAUCUUUCCGAAACACCUUACGGGAGACGAGUGAAAGUUGGCAAAAAGGCUCGCAGGAAAUUUUUGCAGUGGCUGUGGACGUACACGCACUGUCCGGUGGUAUACACCUGGAAAGACUUGGGGUUGAGGUUCUGGCCACGCUAUAUCAAGGAUGGCAACUGCUUCAAUGAGCGCUCUUGUUCCUUCCCGGAAGGGAUGUUUUGCAAGCCCGUGAAGUCAGUCACCAAGACUUUCCUCCGGUGGUACUGCCAAGGGUUUUUAAGACAGAAAUAUUGUACGUGGAUACCGGUCCAGUACCCAGUCAUCUCGGAAUGCAAGUGCUCUUGUUGAGUUACUGUGGAAAGGGGUUUGGGGGUGGACUAGAACACGGUUUCUAUUGCACUGUGAACUUUCAGAACAGAUGUCGUGUUAUUUCGAAGGGCACCAUAACGAAUCUAUUUUUAUAUAUAGUAUUUUAAUUGAAAUAUCAACAUUGUAUAUAUUUAAGAUAAAAAUGCAGCUAUUUUUUUCUAUGAACAGGACCAUGUUAUUUCAACCCCACUAAAAAUGUUCCUUUGGGGGUAAGGUAAGCACUUCAGAAGGAAGCGCUUUUAUUUUUAUGAAAAAUUGAAGAUGGAAUGCAACUUCUCCAAGAAGAUUUACUUUUCAUCCGAUUAUUAAUGCUGACUGAUCAUUUAAUGCAAAAUGCUGCCUAGAUUUUUGUAUAAUUGUAUACAUAUGAAUUAAAGUGAAAAGUUGAGGAUAAAAAAUAUAUAUGUGGCGGUGAACUCAGCUUUUGGAAUACAUAGUUUAGUAGAAAAGUUACAAAUUUGUACAAUUUAUUUAUUACUUUAACGAUUGUGAGUAUAGACCCAGAAACUAUAGAAGAGUAUACAAGUAAUUAUGCGAGAUGUUUACUUGAAUAUUUCUAAAAAGAACAUAUCACUGUAAAUAAUGGUUAUGCGUUUAGCAAUAAAAUCUAUCUUUUAAA